GGCAUUUGCUCCUCUGAAACUGGCGUCAAUUUGUCGCGAACCCUAGGGGGGACGGGCAAGAGUGCAACCGGUGUAGAACUCUCUCUCUCUCUCUCUCUCUAUCUCUCUCCCCCCUUGCUCGUUGGUUCCUCAAGGCUGGAUUAGCCCUUCGUUGGAUUUGUCAUCACCACCAUAAACAAUCAUCAUCGGCGUCUCCUUCAUCUGCUUCAUCUUCUCGAUUUGGUUUGGGACUACGGUUCCUAUUGCAGAAGGGGUCUUUGCUUUUCCUUCUUCCACCUCCUCUCUAGGCCCUAUUUCUUUCCUUCCGUCCACUAAACUCUAUAACUUGUUCUGCCUAAACCUUUCGAAUUCUCAUCCACGUUCUGGGGGAUCUUAAUUUACUCUUCUGUUUCUGUUCUCGAGGUUCUGACCAUUCACUGGGACAUUCUCCUAGUUUCUUUUCCCCUCUCUUUUCGGUGGUUUCUUAUGCUUUCCCCCGUCAUCGCGCUGAUCGAUGCCCCGAUGAACGUAGUGAAGGAAGAAGCGCAAGUCCAAAGGUGCAGCUACUGCAAGUCUGCCAGCGAACUGUGGCUUUACGAUGUUCGCCAUCGAGGAAUAUACCGUCAGCUAUGUGCUGCUUGCCUUCUCAAGAUGCAUUCGAGCUUCUUUUGCCCUGUCUGUCUUGAGGUCUAUGCCGAUGGGCUCCCUCCGGAAAACAACAUCAAGUGCGGCAAUUGCCCUUCUACGGUGCAUGCAGCGUGCCUUGCGCCUGAAUUGGUCCCGAGCUACGUUUGCCUCUGCUGCGCAAAUGAGUUCUCGUUCCUCACCCCGCUUUCGUCAUUGAGCCAGAAUAUGCAGAGAGAGGAGGAAAGGAAGGCUGUCAUAAUCGAUGUUCCCGCAGCUAAGAUCAUUCUCGCUGCUGCCCAGGUUGCCGCCAUCUCGAUGACCCGGGCGGCUGCCUCUGCUUGGUCUGAAGCGGACAAAAAGGUUAGAGAUUCUGCCAUUGCAAGGAAAAAGGCUAGGGAUAGUCUCCUCCACGCUUCUCAGAGAGUGGAGAAUCAGACCACCUUUGCUGUUUUGAAUCAGAAGAAGAAUACUGACAAAAAAACAUGUCCCGUCAAGGCAGAGGAGACGGAGAAGCCAUCAAGGGGGAUGCCAAACACAAGUUCCGCAAAGAAGCGAAUGGUCAACAGUGAAGAUGAUGAUAAGUUGAAGGCUUUUACGAGCUCGUUUUUGCAACACCGAAAUAUUCGGAAUAAAGCUACUUCAGAGACAGGGAAGCCUAAACUGGCUGAGGAUUCAGUUUCUUCAGUGAAGACGCUUCAGUGUCAUCUGGCUGAUGCUUUAAACAAGGAUGAGCAAGAUCGGUUGAUUGGUUUGAGAUGUGAAGAAGGCUCCUCGAACUCAUCCAGUGUGCUUAAUUGACUUGAGGCGCUAGCCUGAACUGCUGAAGCUAAGUCCAUUUUCAAAGGGUACACUUCCUCCUCCACUGAGGCUUUAUACUCGAUAAGGAAUCAUAAGCUGGCUUGCAAUGGAGCAUCAUCUCUUUGCAAUUUGUAGCUCGUGUUGGUUAUGAAGUUCUUUCUGAUUGCAAUAGGGAUCUUCUCCCUUUGCAAUUUCUUUCUUAUCUUGUAUAACCCUGUUAAGCUACAUAGCUGCAUAGAUCCUGUUCUUCUUGAAGUGGAAGGCAGGCAGAACAUGGAAGAUUAAUGGGAUGUCCCUUUUGCUUAA